GCAUAGAGUUUCAUUGCCCAGUUUUCUUUCAACUCCCAAAUCUCUUUUUUCGUUUGUUCUCUAAUCUCUCAAAUCAUCGUCAAUGGCUCCCAAGGCGGCAGAGAAGAAACCGGCGGAGAAGAAGCCAGCAGACAAAGCCCCGGCGGAGAAGCGUCCAAAGGCGGAGAAGAAGAUCUCGAAGGAAGGAGGAAGCGAUAAGAAGAAGAAGAAAUCGAAGAAAAGCGUGGAGACAUACAAGAUCUACAUCUUCAAGGUUCUGAAGCAGGUUCAUCCCGAUAUCGGAAUCUCCGGGAAGGCGAUGGGGAUCAUGAACAGUUUCAUCAACGACAUCUUCGAGAAACUCGCUCAGGAAUCUUCUAAGCUCGCUAGGUACAACAAGAAGCCGACGAUUACUUCUCGGGAAAUCCAGACGGCGGUUAGGCUUGUAUUGCCCGGAGAGCUCGCUAAGCACGCCGUUUCUGAAGGCACCAAGGCGGUUACCAAAUUCACAAGCACUUAGGGUUUUUUUUUCUUCUCUCAAUUAUCGUAUGGAUGAUUAGAUCGAUGGCUUUGCUUUCUAGAUCUUUGGUGGUCGAUUGUUUGGAAUAGUCUUUGAUUAUUGAAUGAACAGGUUUUCGUGUUAA